AAUGCGAGGAUCGUGAAGUGUGUAGUGUGCCGCGAGCUGCCGACGAGUGAGGAUGGUUUUUCACGCGCGCUCCAUCCCGACAACUGCCCAACCACGUGGUGCUCCUAUAUAUCUCUCGCCUUCCAUCGUUGCUGUCGUACAUUUUAUUGCAUGAUCGCGUGACGCGUUUGGAAAUCGGGUCGUGCGUUUCGUUUCGUUUCCUUGCAAUUCAAAUUGUCGAUUGCCGGCGUUACGAGGCCUGUCCUUCGAUUUUCCCCGGCGUCGCGACGCCAUCGUUCCGUCAAAAAAUCAAAGCUCAUAGUAAGAUAUCCAUGAGUGUAUAAGAAAUAUUUGUGAGUGUUUAUAAAGUUCUGCCAUCCAAGAAAUCCGGCUGCGACAAGAGGGUGACUGAGAAAAAGGAUGACUAACAGACGUGCGACUAAUCGAUGUGUGAAUUAAUUCUAAACUAACAACAUGUAACGAAACCGUAAUUCGACCAACCAUGGAGAAGAGAACGUUAAAAGGAAUCGACGGCGCGAUAAUAAGGACGUCGUGGUGUGCACGGCACAUUCGAAAUCCAAUUAAUAUCUAUCGAUUAAUUUAAUCUUACUUGGGUAAUAAACAUAUUUAUUUAACUAAACAAGUGAUAUACAAUAUUUCUUUGCUGUGUUUCAACAAAUGUUCAAAGUGCAAUAAAAGAGUGCAAUCAAGUGAUUCGUUAUUAAAUUUAUCAAUAUCCGGCGCAUCACGCCGGAUUAUCAUUCCUUGAGAUCAUCCCGAGCUCUGGCUGACGGGAAAUGUUCCGGAAGUGCAAGCUGCAGCAACGCGACAGCAACUGCCGACCGCCCGAUAUACAUAGAUAACGCAAACGAUCGCGAAAAAUUAGAAAGAUCCAAAUCAAGAUCGAGGUCAAAGCGCAGAGAAUCUAGUUCAAGGGGCAAGGAAUCAAGAUCAAGAUCGACAGCAGAAGAUUUAAAUUUAAGCAGAAGAUUUAAAUUUAAGAACGAGAAAGACAAUGAUAAAGAGUCAAGGAACCCCACAAAGAGGGUAACAGAUGAAUCCUUAGAAUUAUUAAAUGGGAUUGACAAUCGAUUGAAAGUAGAUCGUAUUAGAAGAUUUAAUAUAGCGGACGAUUUCUUGCAAAGGGUGUUAAAGAAGAAUAUCGGUAAGAGGUGCGACAGAUUCCUAAGAACUAUCAAUAAGGGCCAAUCGUUUCUAAAGAAGAGUAUCCAGCAGAAUUCAAAUCUAAGGAGGAAAAAUGUUUGGGAAAAUUUCUUAUUGUUGAAGAAGGAUAUUCGAGAAAAAGUAUUAUUUUGCAAGAGGCGCUAUCGACAGAGUAUAAUAUUAAAAACAAGAGAAGAUGUCAGAAAGAUUUUAAGAAAGGAUAUUAAGGAAUGUUCUCUGUUGUUGAAAAAAGAUAUUCAAAGGAAAGCAUUGUCAACUGAUAGAAGCGAUCGGCAGAUCCUAAUAUUAGCAAAUAAGGACAUUUGCGAAAAUCCACUGAAGAAUAAUAUACAGACAAAGAUACUAUCAGCCGGAAUAAACAAUCAGCAGAGAGCAAUAAUUGCAAAAAAAUAUAAUCUGGAUAGUCCUUUGUUAUUAAAGAAAGAGAGGAUUGACGAAGACAUUCAUAAAAGCAUUAUAUUACCAAAGAAAAAAAGUGAUGAAAAUUUAUUGUUGACGAAAAUAAAUCUUAAAGAACGAUCAACUCAAGAAAACGACAAAAAAGAUCUGUUAUCAGAGAAGAAGAAUAUUCAUAAGGAUUUAGCUAAUGAGAUCUCGCAGUCAACAAAGAAAGGUAUUGGAGAAACUACAUUAUUCUCAAAGGAUUAUGUUCGAAAGAGUCCACAGCUUUUGAUAAAGAAAAAUGUCAACGACAAUCCGAAGAAGAAUACUCCAAUUGACCCAUUAAUGCAAUUAAUGGACAAAUAUAUUCAGAAAAAUCCAGAGUUGUCAAAGAGCAGUUUUGAUGAAAAAGUAUUUUUAAUAAAAAAAGAUUUUGAAGAAGCUUCACAAUUGUCUGCAUGUAUAAAAAAGAGUUCCUCAUUAUCGCAAAGAAAAGAUAUUUCUGAUGAUAUAAAGUUAACAGCAUAUAAGAAUAAUUCUUUAUUGACCAAAGAUAUUUCUGAGAAAGACCUACCAUCGAAAUUAACAAAAAGAACAAAAGUUCAAGACCAUUUUUCUUUGACCAAGGAAUUUUGUUCUUUAACCGGGGAAGAUACUUCUUUAAUUGAAAGAAAGAAGAGACUAUCGCAACCAACAAAACAAACCAUCUAUAACGAUCUUUCAUUAAACAAGAAUUUAAAAUUUAAACAAACGAACGAUUUAAUUGAUCUUCCUCAUCAAUCAUCGAUUAUCCAUAGACGUCAUCUUCUAUCCAAAGUUCCUCAGCAAAUUCUUCAGGGAUCUAAGAAAGUACGGGAAGAACGCAAUACUGACUCUAAAGCUAAGCGGUCGCCUCCACCGGAUGAAGACUGCUUGAGUCAAGGGUCAACAGGGUUUGAUAACGACGGGUCAGCCGAUAAAGACGAUUCGUCAAUCGAAAAAUACAGACUUACGGAUUCGAAUCACUAUGCGAAACAUCAGUCGAUCGCGAAGCCCCCCGAAGUGCAUAUUACAAUUUCUAAAGUCUUCUCUUGCCCAAAGCAACUAGUAGAUAGCUCCAAAGAAGAUUCAGAAACCAAUUUCAUUAUAGAGUCCACUGAAAGUGUAUCAGGAUGUACAAAUUUUGAAGAAGAUCUGAAGAAUCUAAAGAAUCCAGCCAUUAAGAUAAAAGAUUCCAAAAAGAUUUCAAAAAUUCAAGCCAUCGAGGUAAAAUACGAAAAGAUAUUAAAGAAACCAGUCGUCGAGAUAAAAAAUUCCAAAGGGAUCUUGAAAAAUUCAAUCAUCAGAAUAAAAGAUUGCGAAGAAACUUUAACGAAUCAAGUUAUUAAAGUGAAUAGUGACGAUUUGUCAACCUUGAAGAUAACUGAUAACCUUGAAGGUCCAAAUUAUCAACGAAUAAUUCAAAAAAAUCCACAGAAGUUUUCCAAUCAUAUAGAUUAUCGAUUGGAUAAACCUAUAGAUCGACGAUUGUCAUUAAUAGUAAAUUCUACAAAAAGUCAAGAAAAUAUUUUGAAAAAUCCAUCCAUUAAAAUAAAAGAAUUAGUCACCAAGAUAUAUACCAAUAAUUCGCCUGCCUUAAAGAUAAUCAACAAUCUUGAAUCUUUGAAUAACCAACGACUAAUCCGCCAGACUUACCGUCUUGUAGAUCAUCAAUCUGAUGAUUUGCGGUUGCCAAUAAUUAAGCAAAACUUAUUAGAAGAUAAGAGGAGAAGUGAAUCGAUCAGUAGGCUCCAUAAAAAUCCCAAAAUGAAACUAACCAUUAGACUUAUCCGUAUUCGCGAUAAGCUGGUGCUGGGCCUAAGCGCGGUCGCUAUCGUGUUUACGCUUUUGCUAGUGAUGGAUCUGCAGAUGGACCUGGGCUACAGCGGCCAUCACCUGACCCCGAGCCACGCUCGCGUCAGGGUCGGCGACCCGGCGGACGCCGACAGUGUGUACAACAACUUCCGCCGGAAGUUCCUUCAACGAGGUAAUGGUAGCCGAGAACAGGCAAAUGGCGACACGACGCCCGUCGUUGAAAAAUCCGGGAAAAGCGAACUGACCCCAUCAUCGUCGACGAUGAGAAAGCACGACGUUUUCGCGGAUUUGGUGGAUUUGGUAGUAAAUGGGUACGCGGUGAAUAUUGACGAAGGAGUAGCAAGAAUUAGCGGAGAGAACCGAAAGUAUAGCCCGACAAUCGGAGAGCUGAAAAAGAUGAUACCAAGAAAAAAUGGCACAACCUUGGAGAAGUUUCAUCUACAGAUCUCAAGAUCGGAGUUAUAUUCUAAGAAUUCAAAAUAUGUGGACCAGUUGCUCCACGAGAUGGCGACUAAGCCGAUUCUUCAUGUCGUUCAAAAGGACGGUGGCACGCAAUUAAAAUUGAUCAUUGACUAUGGUGAUAACAUGCAAGCAUUAUUCAAACCAAUGCGAUUCCCGCGAGAGCAACAGACUUUGCCGAAUCAUUUCUACUUCACAGACUUCGAGAGACAUACCGCUGAAAUCGCUUCCUUCCAUCUAGACAGGCUUUUGGGAUUUCACAGAGCGAUGCCAGUAACUGGUCGAACUCUCAAUGUGACAACAGAAAUUUAUCAGAUUGCCGAUGGCGAGCUGCUCAAGACGUUCUUUGUGAGCCCAGCUGGCAAUCUGUGCUUCCAUGGCAAAUGCAGUUAUUAUUGUGACACCGCACACGCGGUUUGCGGUAGUCCCGACACCCUGGAGGGCAGCUUUGCCGCUUUUCUGCCCGACAAAGCCUUCGUCGCCAGGAAGGCCUGGCGACACCCUUGGCGCAGGAGUUAUCACAAGCGGAAGAAGGCCCAAUGGGAAAACGAUUCCGACUAUUGCUCCCUAGUAAAAGAAAUCUCACCAUAUGACGAAGGUCGAAGAUUGCUCGAUCUAAUGGACAUGGCCAUCUUCGAUUUUUUAACGGGCAAUAUGGACCGCCAUCAUUACGAGACAUUUAAGAUUUUUGGAAACGAUAGUUUCACGUUGCAUCUGGACCACGGAAGAGGUUUUGGAAAACCCUUUCACGAUGAGACGUCUAUUUUGGCGCCUCUCUUACAAUGCUGUAUGAUUAGACAGACAACUUUAAGUUCUCUACUCCGCUUUCACAACGGGCCUAUACGGCUUAGCACUGCUAUGCGGCAAAGCAUGGCGAGAGAUCCCGUGGCUCCUGUUUUAUGGGAACCCCAUCUAAACGCCUUGGACCGGCGGAUAGGCAUCGUCCUGCAAGCUGUCCGCGAUUGCAUUGCCCGUGAAAACUCUUCGCAGCAGGUUAUCCGCGGUGAUAAAAUUGACUCGAAAUUAUAGUCUUUGAUCGCGAUCGAGGAUAAUUAAUUGCGAUGUAAAAACAUGUAAAGAAGUCUCUUUCUAUAAAGGCAUUGACAGAAUUCCGAGAAUAUUUGUUUCCACAUUUUUCUUUUUUUUUUUAUUUAUAAUAUUUCCAAUAUUUGUUCUAUCAAUUCAUAGAAAUAGAAAUUAAAUUAUACUGUUUAUUUAAUCAAAUUGAUUAUAUUAAAUCGAUCAGACAAAUGAAUUAUACAGAUCGAGUUUCAUAAAGUUUAUUUUUAAUUUAUUAAUAUAAGAUUCGCAUUUUUAUUAUUGUUUAUCUAUCUUUUCUUUUAUUCGAUUGAGAAUCGGUGUAAAUUAUAUCAAACAAUUUGAUUCAUUCAAUCAUUAAAACUCUUUUUAGAAUUAUAAAAUUAAUUCAAUUUAAUUUUAAUUUAAUACAGAAAUUAUUAUAUUUGUUUUUAGCAACUCUCAGAGAAAAAUAUUAUCAAUUUUUCGAAAAUUUUAACAUUCUUGUGUAUUAAUAUAUUAACUAUCAUAGAAUGAGAAUUAUAAUUAAUUAACGUUGGUUGUGCACACAUACAAUAUGUUUUUUGCCUCGGAUAAAAUUAUAAUGCGCACAAAAAAAAAUUAAUAUAUUUAAUCAUAAUAAAUUUUUAAUUUUAUUAGAAAUAGCGUUAAUUUCUGUAAAUUCGCGCGAGCGUUAGGCGUUAAUUUUUCACAAAAUGUUGCUCAACAAUGUACCAAAAAUAAUAAAAAGUUAAACAUAGUGUCUAUAACCAAUUAAAUGAAUAUUAAAGAAAUAUUCGUUAUAUUUUAUAUAUUUUUCAUAAAGAGAAUUAUAGGU